AUGGAUUGUAAAAGGACUCAUAUACCACAAGAUACCGUAGUCGUAUCACGUAAAUCAAUAUUUGGCCAAUUCGAUUAUGUUGAACCCGAUGAAAUUAAUAUUAAAGAGAAUAUAGAAAAGAGGCUUUUUGAGAAGUUGCAAGAAGUUAAUCUAGACGUCAACCGUAGGAAUGAUGAUGAUAAUCAAUAUAUGCAAGAAAAUCAGCAGGAUGUACUGUUUCGCCUAUUUGCACGUGAUCCGCCUACAAAAAUUUCUCUAGAAUCUAAUGAAAUCAAAGACUAUAACAAACAAGUUGGAAUCGUUAAAGCGAAAGUUGAUGAACUUAAAACUCAAAAGAGUGAAGCAAAAAGGUUCGAACAAAUUAUCGAUACAGUGAUAACUUCGUCGGAAGUGAUUAUGCAAUCAAAAAUUCCAUGGGAGCGUACAACAAAGAAUAAAACACAUGGUGGAAUUAGUCCCAGUUGGCCAAGAGGUGGCAAAGAUGCUUAUGGAUGGAAAUUAAACUGUAAAAUUAAAAUUAAUUGCGAAUCUAAAGUUUAUAAACGAGAAAUACAUACUAAAAAAGGAAUCGUGCGAAGAUUUGAGCGAGUUGCAUAG